UCUGCGCGGCGGUCAUGUGACUCCUGCAUUCGCUCCGUCGUCGACUCUAGUUGAACAGCGUGAAGUUGUCUCAUCGGAGAAGUUUGUUCUUCUGACGCAGUUGUGCCCUUAAUCGUCGCCACAAUGGCCGAGCUAAGGCUUGUGAUCACCGUGUGUGUGAUUACCCUGUUUUGGGCCAUUGUCGGAGUAGUUCUGCCCUUUUUCGUUCCCAAGGGACCAAACCGAGGAGUCACAGUCGUGAUGCUGGUGUUAACUGCGGUUUGCUGCUACUUAUUCUGGUUAAUAGCAUUCUUGGCCCAGCUGAACCCACUCUUUGGCCCUGCACUGACCAACGACACUAUCUGGUACCUCAACCAUCACUGGUCUUAAUUUUAAUUUUACAAGGACUCUUCUAUAUUCAGGACCUGGCACUGCUGCAAACCAAUGGACACCUUCUCCUCACUUCAUGCAGAGAUCACUCUUUCUGAAUUGCCUUACGAUCUCUGUGUGAUUGAGCCUUGCCCACACUGGUGCCUUGUAGAAAAAUAAUUCCCAAAGGACAACUGAGAGAUCUCACUGAAUGUGCUUUACUUUAAAUUAAAGCAGUCUCCCCUUGG